GGCCCGCGCGCCUGCCGGCUCCGCCCUGCACUGCUCUCUGCGCGCGGCCCGGACGGGGCGCACGGAGCCGGCGUGCGGCUGCUGCCGGACCCCAGGAGGGGAGUUGCGCCCGCGCUUCUACGGUUGCUGCUUUUCUGAGGCAGUUUCGGACUUGCCUUCGGAGAGACGUGGGAACUUUCACGGACAGCCUGCGGAGGUGCUGGGCCACGACCUGGGCGCCCGCGGGGAAGUGGCGCGGUGAGCGUCCUUCGGCUUCUGUGCGGAGAUCCGUGCCUCGUCCUGGGCCCGGCCGCCGGACUUGGCUGCGGCUCUAGUCAAGUCUUCCCGAGCUAAGAUAAUUUUUUGGAACUGCAGAAAUUGUUGGCGAUAGCUACAAAUGGGAAUUUGGAGUUGGUCUGAAAUUCAUCUUGAAAUAAUUGUGUUUGACUGGAACCAUAUCUUAUGAAGUCACCAAGGAUGAGAGUCUAUGCUAAGUCAGUGUUACUGUCACACUGGCUCUUUCUGGCCUAUGUGUUAAUGGUGUGCUGUAAGCUGAUGUCCGCCUCGAGCCAGCACCUCCGGGGACACGCAGGUCACCACCAAAUCAAGCAAGGGACCUGUGAGGUGGUCGCUGUGCACAGGUGCUGUAAUAAGAACCGCAUAGAAGAGCGAUCGCAAACAGUCAAGUGUUCCUGCUUCCCAGGACAGGUUGCUGGCACAACUCGGGCUCAGCCUUCUUGCGUUGAAGCUUCCAUCGUGAUUCAGAAGUGGUGGUGCCACAUGAAUCCUUGCUUGGAAGGAGAGGAUUGUAAAGUGCUGCCAGAUUACUCAGGUUGGUCCUGUAGCAGUGGCAAUAAAGUCAAAACUACAAAGGUAACACGGUAGCAAAGACAGAUGUGCUUAACGUGGGAGGAGCGACAGGAUGCAGAAGUCUCCUAUUUGGAUUACCAUCCUGGCUGGUUUGUGGAAAAUCGUCUUGGAUUUCAGCAACAUCACAUUUGUAUAAGUAUGCUGUACGGAGUGUCAUUCACUUAACUGUCCCAGCCCUCUCGGCUUCAUGAUUUUAUUACAUUGAAUUACAGCCACGGGCUGCCACACAAUUCACAUCCUAUCUGGAUCCCAAGGACCAAACCUCCAAGAAACCCUGGAGGAACAAAGCAGAGACUUCAAAGUGGAUCUUCACUGGGUCUUCUGUUUCUUUCUGCCUUCACAAAGGAGCGUGGACCGGUUCACAGGGUUCUUAUUCCUGUCUUCUUUUGAACUUUUCCUUUAGUCCUUGCAUUAAAGUGGUUUCAAAGGGGUCUAAGUAUCAAAAUGCUUUGGCAAAACAUAUUUGCAGGUGUAGCUCAAUGAAAACUCUGAUUAGGGAAGAAAAUUUAUUUUCUAAAUCUUAAUGAAUAGACUUGGUGGGGUUCUUGUGUGUGCAUUUGUAUUUUUGCUUUAGAGCGUUUCAGUGUUUGCACUUUAAGUUCUGUUGUCAGGUUAGCAGAAAUAAAAUAACAUUUUAACAUCAGUACACCAUUUUACUGAGUGCUAAGGAAGUGUAUCAGCUCCAAUAUUUUAUAACCAAAGCUUGAUCAUGACAUAUUCACAAAAGAAAUAACACCUGUGGGGAUUUUUAUGGCUUAAGGUAUAGUCAUAGAAGUAAAUUAUUUAAAAUCUGAAACAGUCUCUGUUUAGAUCAAGGGUGAUUUCUGAGAUCCAGUUUAUGUCACUUAAAAUACUUUGUUAACCCUUAGAAGUCUUGAAAUGUUUGAUUUUUAGACUGUAAAUGAUUUAUUCACUUAGCACUUUUCUCAUUUGUUAUUUUAUUUUUUUAAAUGUAAGUAAAAUCUGAGUCACUUUCUCUUGGUUUAAUGAUUUUGCAGCAGACGUGUGUCUGCAUAGUCUCGGAUGCUGUCAUAUUACAGAUGAAAAGUGACUGACCCAGAUCUUAAAUGCAUAAUGUCAUUGAAACACCUACUACUGUAAUAACUGAUAGAUUUUAUAAAAAAAAAUGCCAAAAACAUCCUUGCUGCACUAUUAAUUAUCCUUGUCCUUUCACAGUCAUUGGGGAAAACAUUACUAUAACAUUUAUGGGAGCAACAAGUAUGUCUAUUUUAGUCUUGCAAAAAGAAUGGAAAUGGCUGACAUGCACUUGUUGGCUAACUUUGAAUUUGGACGCUUACCAGAAUUAUUACUGUCCUAUGAGUAAGUAAAAAAGUCACUCUGCUGAUGGCACAUAAAUUUUUGUGAUUUUAUUGCCUUAAAUGCAAAUGUGAAAAAUCACUUAAAAUUACAUUUAAUUGUGGGCAUGUCAACUCUAUGGCAAACUUGAGACCUAUACAUGUUGCAUUCAAGAUCAUUUAAAACCUAGGGAAAUUUGAUUAAGUGUAGGGCCCCACAUGAUGUUUUAGGCAUUCUCUGCUGCCUUUAGUGUAGGACCCUCCAUGGUAAGAACAGAGAGUUUAAAAAGUCAGUUUUAUGGCACAUGAAAGAAUGUGUCUUGCACACACAUCUGAUCUUGUACACCAAAUAAGAUCAAGUACAAAUGACACUGCUUCACCUUGAGAUACAUUUCUGCUACUUUGGGGGGGAAUAAAUGGUCCAUUAGGGAAAAUGGUGGGUAUUAGAGCUGCCAUUCUCAUCCAUUAUUGCUUCAAAGUGUACUUUUUAUUGAGUUCAAAAGUUAGUCCUGAAAUGAAGCCUACUUGGAGAAGCAUUUUAAUGUUAUCAGCCCUAUACCAUUCCUGUAAGGAGGUGCAUAAGAUAGGUUUGCUUUGAAUCCUAGAAUACAUAGAAAACUAUUGAUGGAAUUGUGAGAACAUGAUUAAUGGCAGCAUUAAGCCCUCUGAUUGUGGCACUUGUGAUCUCAACACCUGCAGACUUUCAACUCUUAGAUCUAAAAACCUGAAGCUGCCCUGCAAGGUUGUAGACUUAGCCUGUGACUCUGCAAAGGCAGCAGCAACCUAGAUUUUCUAGCUCUUCUGCAGAUCCAGAUGUGUGGCUCUGAAGUGUAUGGACCUCAACUCUACACAGGUAGAACUCCAUUCAUAAGCUAAAGUCAACAAACAUUUAAAGAACCUUCCCAAGACCCCAAAAUCGUCUACCCUUAUACACACAAAUCCAUUUUUUCUUUUCAACUUGGCACGUCUUUAUGAAUAUUCCCAUUGUAUAGAAUUUAAGACCCAAUAAAAUUAAACUUACCCACACUCACAUAGUUACUACUAGGAAUUUUAUGAGAGCUUUUCAGAUAACAUACUAACCCUGUGUCCUAGGGUGUCAGGGACAUGGGUGAGUCUUAGAAUCUGGCUAGUAGCUGACCUAGUUUAUCAGGGUCCAGCACCACACUGUUUGCCACAGUCUUAUAAUGUGCCAGUACACUGAUGAAAAAUCGUACUGCUGGCCUUUUUGAAUUGGGUGAAAGGAGAUGGUCCUCUAAGCCUACGAAGUCUCAGAACUCACUUCCUCCUAUGGACACACCACAUCUACAAUUAAAUGUAGAGCAAUUUCUACUGAAGAAGAACCGAAGGUGCAUUGAACAGCUUUGGCAUAAGCAAUGACAGGGGGACCACCUAAAGUAGGCUAGGACAGAUGGACACAUGGUAAUGAUGGGAACACCACCCCUGAUGUGAUGAUCUGCUCUAGGGAGGGCUAUCACUGAGAGACGUAUACACACACUCACCUGCCCCAGGCACUGCCAUUUAAAAUGCAGCUACACUGGAAGUGAAGGAAAGCCAUUUACAACCCUACAGCAUAAACCAGAGUGUGGGAACUCUGAGGUUUUAGGUGCCACCAGGCACUACUGUUUAUGUAACCCCCUACCUUCAUAGUACCCUGAGCCUGCACCACCCAUUCCACCAAGGUGGCCUCAGUGUAUGCUCUGGGCCUCCCCUGGCCUGUGCUCAAACCAGCCAUCCUGCCAGGGCAGCCCUAGCACAGAACACCCAAGAACCCCCUCAGGCCUGCACCACUUGAGCCAUCCUUCAAGGGUGGCCCCAUCAAAAAGCCAUCAGGCAGAGUGCCCACUUCUGCUUCAGUUCCAGCUAUCCCUCCAGGGCAGCCUUGGGGACAUGCCCUGAGAAGCCCAGCCCAUGGUUAUAGUUCCAGCUGUCCUGCCAAGGUUGAUCCAGUUCACAGCACCCUGGGACCUUGCGGUCCAUGUCCACUCCAGCUGCAGUUAUCCUGCCAGGGUGGCCCUGGUGGAGCACCACCUGGAGCCCUCCAGCCUGCACCUGAUUCAGCUUAGACGGCUCAGUCAAAGCCACCAGGCACAGAUAGCACCUACACUGGGGAUGCUCCAAUGCAAGGUGACUCUUUCAAGAUUGGGAGAGAUGGGUGUUCUCCAUAAUAAGUGUUCACAGAUACAAACACAGAAAGUUCAAAAAAAAAAAUAAUAAUGAGACUGAGGAAUACAUUAUAAGCCAAAGAACAAUAUAACCCCUGCCCCCCAAAACUCUAAUGAAACAGAGGUAAGUAAUUUACCUGAUAAAGAAUUCAAAGUAAUGGUCAUAAAGAUGCCCAUUCAACACACAACUCCAGAGAAGAAUGGAAGAACAGAGUGAAAGACUUAGUAUAAGAAUGUAACAAGUCACAAAGUUGAAGAACAUAAUAACUGAUAUGAAAAAUAUACUAGAGGGAAUCAACUACAGAUUAGAUGAUAAAGGUCAGUAAUCUGGAAAAGAGAACAUUGGAUAUUACCCAGUGAGAAGACCUAAAAGAAUUAAAAAAUGGGACUAGUUGGACCUCUGGGACAACAUCCAGCAUAUCAACAUUUACAUUAUAUUGAUCCCGGCAGAAGAAUAGAGAUAAAGGGACUAAAAACCUUUUUUUGAAGAAAUAAUGGGUGAAAAGUUCGCUAACCUGGGGAAGGAAACCAACAUCUGGGUCCAGAAAGCAGUCUCAAGAACCCAAAGAGAUCCAAACCAAAACAUAAUAUAAAAGCAAAAGUUAAAGAGAAAACCUUAACACAGCAAGAGAAAAACAAAUAGUUGCAUAUAAGGGAAACCUUGUAAGACUAUCAGCUGAUUUUUCAGUGCAAACUUUGAGGCCAGAAAGAAGUGGCAUACGACAUUCAAAGUGCUCAAAGGGAAAACUUAAAACCAAGAGUACUCCAUCUGGUAAAAUUAUCAUUCAGAAUUUAAGGUGAGAUAAAGAGUUUCCCAGAGAACCAAACCAGCUUUACGACAAAUGUUAAAGGGUCUUCUUUAAGCAGGAAAAGACUUAACUAGAAAUUAGAAAAUACAUAAAAGAAAAAAAUCUCAAUGGUAAAAUGAAAUAUAUAGUAAACAGUAUAUCAGUCCCUUGAAAAGUUAGUAUAAAGGUUAACAGACAAAAAGUAAAACCAACUCUAACAAUAAAUAGUUAAGGGAUGUACAAAAUAAAAUGAAGUAAAAUAAGACAUCAAAGUAUAGAGAUUAAAAAUGUGGAGUAUUGGGACACCUAGGUAGCUCAGUUGGUUGUCUGACUUUGGCUCAGGUCAUCAUCUUGCAGUUCAUGAGUUCAAGCCUCACAUCUGGCUCACUGCUGGCAUUGCAGAGCCCACUUCAGAUCCUCUGUCCCUCUCUGUCUCUGCCCCUCCCAUGCUUGCACUCUCUCAAAAAAAAAUGUGGGGUAUUAAAAUGAAUUUGAACUUAAGCAACUACCAGCUUAAAAUAGACUGCUACGUAUGUAAAUCACUAUGUUCCUCAUGGUAGCCACAGGCCAAACACCUACAGUAGAUAUACAAAAUAUAAAGAGAAAGGAACCCAAACAUAACACUAAAAAAUACCAUCAGGGGCGCCCGGGUGGCUCAGUUGGUUGAGCGUCCGACUUCUGCUCAGGUCAUGAUCUCACAGUUUGUGGGUUCGAGCCCCACGUUGGGCUCUGUGCUGACAGCUCAGAGCCUGGAGCCUACUUCGGAUUCUCUGUCCCUCUUUCUCUCUGCUCCUCCCCUGCUCAUGCUCUGUCUCUGUCUCUCUCUCUCUCUCUCUCACAAGAAUAAAUAAAACAUUAAAAUGUUUUUUAAAUACCAUCAAAUCCCAAGGGAAGAGAUUGAAAGAAGGAAGAACUGCAAAAACAACCAGAAAACAACUAACAAAAUAUCAAUAAGUAUAUACCUUUUAAUAAUUACUUUAAAAUAAAUGGACUAAGUGCUCCAAUCAAAAGGCAUGAAGUGGCAAAAUGGAUAAAAUCAAAACAAAACCUAUCAAUAUGCUGCCUACAAGAGACUCACUUCAGAUUUACAGACAUACACAGACUCAAAGUAAAAAGACGGAUAAGGGAUUCCAAGGAAAGGGAAAUAGAAAGAAAGCUAGAGUAGCAAUACUUCUAUCAGACAAAGCAGACUUUAAAACAAAAACCGUAACAAAAGACAAGGGCAAUACAUAAUGAUAAAGGAGUCAAUCCAAGAAAACGAUAUAACAUUUAUAUAUUUAUGUACCCAACACAAUACAUAUUUUAAAUAUAAAAAGCAAAUGUUAACAGACAUAAAGGGAGAAAUUGAGAGUAAUAAAGGAAUAGUAAGGGACUUUAACACUCCACUUACUUCGAUGUAGAGAUCAUCUAGACAGAAUCAGUAAGGAAACAUUGGCCUUCAGUGAUACUUUAGAUCAGAUGGACUUAAUAGAUAUAUAUAGAACAUUCCAUCCCCGAACAGCAGAAGACACAUUCUAUUCGAGUGCAUAUGGACAUUCUCCAGGACAGAGUGCAUAUUACACCACAAAACAACUCUCAAUGAAUUUAAGAUUUAAAAAAAGGUCACUUAUUCUAAUCACUUUUUUAGUUUCUAUGAAACUAGAAAUCAAUUACAACAAGAAAAAGUGGGGAAAAUGCACAAACACAUGGACACUAAUAUGUUAUUAAACAACCAAAAGGUCAAUGAAGAAAUCAAAGAGGAAAUUAAAAAAUAACUUGACACAACUAAAAAUGGAAACACGGCUUUCUUAAGUGUAUGGGAUACAGCAUAAGCAAUUCUAAGAGGGAAGUUCAUAGUGAUGCAGGUGUACCUCAACAAACAAGAAAAAUCCCAAAUAAACAAUCUAACUAACUUUAUACCCAUAAAGAACUAGAAAAAGAGGAAACAAAAGCCCAAGUUAGUAGAAGGAAGGAAAUAAUAAAGAUCAAAAUGAGAAUAAGUGAAAGAGACCAAAAACAUACUAAGAAAAGAUCAACAGACCAAAUAGGUUCUUUGAAAAGAUAUACAAAAUGAAUAAACCUCUAGCCAGACUAAUCAAGAGAAAAAAAAACAAGGUUGAGGGCCAAGAUAUUUCAGAAAUGAAAGAAGCUACAACUACCACCACAGAUGAAAAGAGUGAAAGAGAUUACGACAGUUAUUUGCCAUAAACUGAAAAACCUAGAAGAAAUAGACAAAUUCCUUGAAACAUACAACUUUCCAAGACUGAAUCAUGAAUACUCUCUGAACAGAUUGAUUACAAGUAAUGAAAUUGAACUAGUAAUUUAAGAACUCCUCAAAACCAAAUGUCCACUACCAGUUGAGUUCUACCAAAUAUUUAAAGCCAUUCAAUUAGUAAUUUAAGAACUUGCUAAAACCCAAAGUCUAGUACAGUUGAGUUCUACCAAAUAUUUAAAGAAGACUUAAUAUCUAUCAUCAAUUUUUUCAAAAAUUUGAGAGAAAAGAAUGUUUCCAAAUUCAUUUAAUGAGGCCAGCAUUACCUGAUACCAAAUCCAGACAAUGACACUCCAAGAAAAGAAAAUCACAGACCAAUAUCCCUGAUGAACAAAGAUGGAAAAAUCCUCAACAUAAUAUUAAACAAACUGAAUUCAAAAUGCACUGAAAGGCUAAUACACCAUAAUCAAGUGGGAUUUAUUCCAGUGAUGCAAGACUGAUUCAUUGUGUGAAAAUCAAUUAGCAUGAUACACCACAUUAAUGAAGCAAAGGAUACCAAUCAAUUGAUCAUCUAAAAAGCAUUUAACAGAAUUCAACAAAGCAGGUGAGGAAGAAACUUGGCUCAAUAAUAAAGGUCAUAUGUGAAAACUGACAGCUAACAUCAUACUUAAUGGUAAAAAGCUGAAGCUUUUCUCUAGGAUCAGGAACAAGAAAAGCAUAUCCACUCUUGCCAUUUUUAUUCAACAUAUAAUUAGAAGUUUUUGCCAUGGAAAUAAGAAAAAGGAAGCAUCCAAAUCAGAAAGAAAGUAGUAAAGGUGUCUGCAGAAGCCAUGAUACUAUUUAUUAAAAAACCCGAAAGUCUUCACCAAAAAACAAUCAGAAUAAAUGAAUUGUGUGAAGUGAUCAGAUCCAAAGUAACAUACAGAAAUAGGUUUUGUUUAAAUACACUAAUAAUGAAACAGGAAGCUUAAAAAAAUACCACUUACAAUUGGAUCACAACAAACAAAAUACCUAGGAAUAAAUUUAACCAAGGAGGUUCAGAAACUGUACUCUGAAAACUCUCAGACAUAAAUGAAAGAAAUUGAAAGUGACACAAAUAAAUGGAACAAUAAUCUGUGCUCAUGGAUUGGAAGAAUUAAUAUUAUUAAAUGUCCAUAUGACCCAAUACAAUCCCUAUCAAAGUCCCAAUGAUUUUUUUUUUCACAAAACUGGAACAAAGAAUGCUAAAAUUUGUACAGAAUCACUAAGGACCCUGAUAGCAAAACAAUUUUGAGAAAGAACUAAGCUUUAGGUACCAUGCUCCCUGAUUUCAAACUAUAUUACAAAGCUAUAGCAAUCAAAACAGUGUGGUAUGGACAUUAAAAUAGACAUGUAGGUCAAUGGAAUAGAAUGGAGUCCCCCUCUCUCUACCAAAAGACCUCAAUAUAUGUAUGAUCAAGAAUGACAAAGGAGGCAAGAAUAUACAAUGGAGAAAAGACAGUCUCUUCAAUAAGUGGUGCUGGGAAAAUUGGACAGCUACAUGCAAAAGAAUAAAACUAGACUACUAUUUUAUACCUUAUACAAAAAUAAAAUCAAAAUGGAUUAAAGACAAAUAUAAGAAACCAAGAAUUUCAUGAAACCAUGAAAAUUCUAGAAGAAAACACAAGCAGUAAGUUGUUUGGCAUUAGUCUUACUAAUAUGUUUUUGGACCAGUUGCUUCAAGCAAGGACAGCAAAAGCUAAAAUAUAUAUAAAAAUAUAUGAAGCUUUUGCACAGCAAAGGAAACCAUCAAGAAAAUGGAAGGACAACCUACAGAAUAGGAGAUAAUAUUUGCAAACCACAAGUCUGAUAAAGGGUUACUAUCCUUAAGAAAUAAGGAACUCAGACAACUUAAUAGCAGAAAUACAAAUAAUCCAAUUUAAAAAAGAGCAGAGCACCUGAAUAGAUGACAUACAGAUGGCCAACAAGCACAUGAACCUCAACAUGAAUCAUUAUCAGGGGUAUGCAAUGGAAAGCACAAGGAGAUAUCAUCUCAUACCUGUCAAAUGGCUAUUAUCCAGAAGACAAGAGGGGCACCUGGGUGACUCAGGUGGUUAAGCGUCUGACUGUUGCUUUCAGCUCAGGUCAUGAUCUCAUGGUUUGUGAGUUCCAGCCCCACAUCGGGUUCUGCACUGACAGUACGGAGCCUGCUUAGGAUUCUCUCUGCUCCUCCCAAGCUAGCGCUCUGUCUUUCUCAAAAUAAUGAUAAAAAAAAAAAAACAACAACUGUUGGUGAGGACGUGGAAAAAAGAGAACCCUUGUGCACUGUUGGUGGCAAUGCGAAUUGGUACACCCACUAUGGAAAAUAGUAUGGUGGUUUACCAAAAAAUUAAAAACAGAACUACCAUAUAAUCCAGCAAUCCACUUCUAAGUAUUUUUUCAAAGAAAAUGAAAACAGAAGAAGAGAUAGGUGCACCACUUUGUUCAUUGCAGCAUUACAAUAGCCAAAAUAUGGAAGCAACCGAACCGACCACUGAUAUAUGAGUGGAUAAAGAAGAUGUGGUAUGCUUGUAUACAAUAUUACUCAGCCAUGAAAAAAAAAAUGAAUCUUGCCAUUUGUGACACCACGGAUUAACCUAGAAGGUAUUAGGCUAAGUGAAAUAAGUCAGAAAAAAAUAAGUAUCAUGAUUUCACAUCCAUGUUCAUUCUAAAAAACAAAUGAACAAAUAAAACAAAACAGAAACAGACUCAUAGGAAAUAAGCUGUUGGCUACCAGCGGGGUGAAGGGAUUGAGAGGUUGGCAAAAUAGGUGAAGGGGAUUAAGGAGUAGAAGCUUCCACUUAUAAUUUAAAGGAAGUCAUGUAUAUAGUCAAUAAGAUCAUGCUCACUUUGUAUGGUGACACGUGGUAACUAGAAUUAUCGUGGGGAUCAUUUUGCAACUUCUAACAAUUUUGAAUUACAAUGAUACACACCUGAAACACAGGCUAUUGUAUGUCAACUGUACUUCGAUUAAAAUUAUUAAAAUAAAAUAGGGUGAAAUAUUCAUUAGCAAAUGUCUACUUGAGUUUAAAACAGUGACUGUAGUCUCUUUUACUUAUUGAAGGGACACUAUGGGACUUAGGUAAUAUAGAACAAAAACUGAAAACUUCCAACUACUAUCCAGUAGUUGGACUUAGACUAUAACCAGCUGGAAUUUUAUAGAUACCACUGUGUACACUGGCAGAAAACCACCCUUCUCCAUAUAAUCUUUAGUCAGAGGCUGCAGGCAGGCAGGUAUCUGCAGCCCCAGCAUGUUUCAUAGGCUUCCCAAGGUUUUUUCUCAAGAUCAUGCAGUAACACUGAGUCCCUACUCCUCCACGGCUGUUGGAUGGAUGAAGACAGUGGCCCUUUUGACAUGUGCUCCCUACUUAAUCCAACCCCAUGACUUGGUCUGCUUCCUUCAGCUGAAUUGUUGCCCAUACUAAGGAAUUUCUGGAAAAAAAAAAUUGUUGAUGCACAGACUGGGUAUUGACUCCUGAAAGUGUCAAUGGAAACAACCUUACCAAAAUGACUAGUUCAUAGACAAGUUUCCCAAGAUUGGAAGAAAUUUCUGCACAAAAAUCUUUGUCAUGCGCUAUUAAGGACUCACUGGUGAUGAAUCCAACGCUAACUAACUUUACCAUUUAGGGUGUUUGUGAAAUAGGCCAGGCAUUAUUAAGGGUUGUACCUAAAAGCAUGUGGAUUCUUCCAUAGGGGUUGGGCAACUGCAGCCUGUAGGGUCAAAAUCAGCGUGGCUAUUGUUGUAAAUAAAGAUUUAUUGGAACACAGCCAUGGCAUUUGUUCAUGUAUCAUCUCUGGCUGUUUUUGCACUAAAACAGCAGAGUCACAUGGUUGUUACAGACAACCAUGGUCCACAAAGCCUAAAAUACUUGGUCUUUGGACCUUUACAGAAACAUUUCUUAGUUCCUGUUCAAUACAAAGGAAGAACAUGAUUUUUUUGGUUUUUUGUUUGUUUGUUUGUUUUGUUUGUUUUUUAAGGAGUUCAUUCCAACAUGUUGUACAAGAUAAUGGCAAAGAGUUCAGGUGCUGAAGGCAAACAAAACAAAUUUUGAUUAUCAACUCUGCUAUUUACCUUUUUCAGCUAUUUUAAGUUUCAAUUUCUUUACCUAUAAAAUGGUUAUAAUAAUAAACACACCUCACAGGAAAUGUUAAAAAGCAUUUCGUAUCACAACAUGCUUAGCAUGUUGAUUAACAAAUAGUUCUUGAUGAAGGUGUUUCUCUCUUAUGAGUAAUUUGUAGCCCACGUAGUGGCCUCAUACAAAAAAAGACUGAAACAGCCAGCCCUCACUUCAAGACUGAACCUAAGGUUUAAGCAGACAUAACCGACAGAAAAUUAAGACCAAGUAAGAAUAGAUGUUCAAGUGUGUUCCCUUUGUUUCCGAGUCCGUUGGAACUUUGAGAAAGCAGAUCAAGGACAAAUGUGGAAAACAAUUCAAAGAGCAUUGCUCUCCCUUGACUUUGGCUGUCAAUUAGGUAGGAUAUGGAAAAUACUUGUGCUUUCUUCGUGGACAGGUCAAUGUCUUGGACCUGUAAUACUACUCUGGUAGAAGCUGAAGCACUGCUAGGCAGAAGGAUGUGGCACACAGGUACCUUGAUUUGAAUCUGCCACCUGAGAUGGCAAAUACAGCCCAUAUAUACAAACAGCGUUCUUUCAAGUUCAUCUUCCAGUAAUCUUGUAAACACAAAGUUUGAACAAAAGAGCUCUGUAAAUAAUUGAUGAACAGUUACUGAAGCAUGUUGGGCAGUCUUUGUGGUAUUGAUUUUGGACUGUGAACAAAGCAGACCUCUGCAAGCCCAGACUUUAGUCCCUUUCUCUCCUUUUUGGUGCUAUCAAUAUUCAUAGCCUGCUCACAUGUUGGGAAUGUGAAAUGAUGCUUCUUUCAUGUUGCUCAUUUGGGCCUUUGCUCUCUGUGGAUAGGGUCUCUGACCCAUCCUUUAAUUAUCAGCUUUGAUCCCCUUAAUGAGGCGUUAUCAAAAUAGUUCAGGACACUGAAUUAUUAAUUGAAUAACUGUAAUUAACGAUCAAGGAAUGGAAGCAAGCAAAUGAACUUUGGUCUUCUACUUCCAAAUUCGAAAUCCUACUCUCGGUAGUUCAGCUCGGGUCUCAGAACUUCUCUGCCCUCUUUUUGAAUUGCAUCUUCACCCUUACUUUGUUACAUAUAUUAAGUUCAACGUUUGGUGUUUUAUAGACUCACAGACAUCAUAGAAAAUAAAAUCAUGUCCUUGCAAUUUUAGCAUUGCAGUAACUGAAAAGAAAACAUAAAAAAUAAUCCAUCAUUUUUCUCUCAAACUCUCUCACACACAAAUCAAUAGAGCAGAAUGCUUAGGUCAGCUCAGUGGGGGCAUGGGUUGAAAUAGGAAUCAGGACAAUACUUUGGAAUAUUUAAAUAUUUAGGAGUGCUGUAUAUCUCACAGAGGACUGAAACAGAUUCUUAAUGCCACAGUAAAGAAACUGGAGUAAAACCAUCAAGUCUCAGCUUGAGAAAAAGUUAGUGACAACUCUUGAAACUGUCACAAUCAGAAAAACGGGUAUUGGAUGCCGCCAUAUGCUAUCGCCAUCACUGUCUUUCCCGAUUCGCCAGUAGAGCACAAAGAAUGGCAAUAGGGAAGGGGAUCUCUGAAACAGGCUGUGUCUGACAUUCUCAAGGGAAAGGGACUUUGUCGAAAAUCAGUACAGAUGACUCUGUUCUGGUGAUGUAGGCACUUGGGCUGUGGUGAGAGGAAAAUAGAAAGAAAUUUGAGUGUGUUUUUGGAAGGCUCUUAUUUCACUUCUGGUUAGACAAAACAGUAGUGUAGAAGGUCUUCCUCACUUGUUACUCCAUUCUUCUCGUGGUUUAAAGAGCUAUGUUCAUUUUUCCCUCCUGACAUCUCAAAUGCAAGAAGGGGUGAGAGGUGGGAAAAAGGUUUUUUCAGGCUCGGGGUAGGGCCUGGAAGCUAUCCAUUUUCAAUAGGAAAAUAUUUGUAAAAACUGAUAGAACUGACUACAUAAAAAGCAAAAUCUUUCACAUGGCAGAAUUCUGUAAACCAAUCUAAAACUCAGACUAGAAAUCGUAUUUACAGCUUAUAUGUCAGGCAAAAUGUUAGUAGCCGUCCAUACAAAAUUUUUACAAAUCAGGAAGCAAAACAUGAACACCUGAAGAGUGAAGUUAAUAGACAGUAUAAUAAUUCAUAAAAGAAAUACUAAAAUGACAAUGGUUUGCAAUUUUUGAUAAAUAGUUGAGACUCAACAGUCUUUCAUGUAUCAGUUUGGACAAUAUUAAAAAGAAAGAACAUUUAACAAGGGUUGCAGGGGUGCAGUGAUAUACUGUACAUACUGCAUAUCAAGAGGCCUAGCGGUAUAAUACCUCUUGGCUCAAGAUUUCUACUUAGAGGAAUUUAAGGCAUCAAAAGGCCAAGUGGCAUGAGCAAGAAUAUGUCACAGAAUUGUUCCUAACAGCAAAAAUCAGAAAUCCUAAAUAAUUACUAAACGGAGCUAUACUUUUGGUUCUGGGCAAGAUGCAUUCCAUUUUACUUCUGCAAAUUGCAACAAAAAUCCCUGGACAAAACACAUAAGUCAUUUAGCAGAGCACUCAAAGAUAGAGGAAGGUCAGACCUGCUAGGCACAUUGGGACUCAAAGAACAACCUAACAGUGAGGUCCUGGGUUCCUUUACUUCCUUUGUUUCCCUUUUUCCUCUCGUUCCCUUCUCCCUCAUUUGCUUCCUUCCUGUCUCCCUUCCUUCCUUGUGUCCUGUGUGUCCUGACUGAGGCACUGGAGAGGCCUUCAACCCAGAAAUGCCAAAGAGGUCAGAAAAAAACAGGCCCCCUAAAAAACUUAUCUUCUUUUGUGCAAACAGCUGGGAAGG